UGUCUCAGUCACAUGGGAACAAAGAAUGUAACACGUGUCUCAGAAUUCCUCCUCAUGGGUCUCUCAGAUGACCCAGAACUGCAGCCUCUCCUCUUCAGCCUCUUCCUGUCCAUGUACCUGGUCACUAUGCUUGGGAAUCUACUCAUCAUCAUGAGCAUCAGUUCUGACUUCCACCUCCACACCCCUAUGUACUUCUUCCUCUCCUACCUGUCCUUGGCUGACAUCGGUUUCACCUCCACCACAAUCCCCAAGAUGAUUGUAGACAUCCAAACUCGCAGCAGAGUCGUCUCCUAUGUGGGCUGCCUGACUCAGAUGUCUUUUUUCACUCUUUUUGGAUGUUUGGACAGUCUCCUCCUGACUGCAAUGGCAUAUGAUCGGUUUGUGGCCAUCUGUCACCCCUUGCACUACCCAGUCAUCGUGAACUCCCGCCUCUGUGGCCUGUUGGUUUUGAUAUCUUUUUCCAUUAGUCUUUUGUACUCCCCUCUGCACAGUUUGAUUGUGUCACAACUUACCUUCUUCAUGGAUGUGGAAAUCCCUCAUUUCUUUUGUGACCCUUCUCAGCUAUUCAACCUUGCCUGUUUUGAAAUCCCCAUCAAUAACAUAUUAAUGUAUUUUAUUGCUGCUAUCCCUGGUGGUGUUCCACUCACAGGGAUCCUUUUCUCUUAUACUCGAAUUGUUUCCUCCAUUGUGAGAGUCCCAUCAACAGGUGGGAAGUACAAAGCCUUUGCUACCUGUGGCUCUCAUCUGUCAGUUGUUUGCUUAUUUUAUGGAACAGGACUUGGUGUAUAUCUCAGUUCUGCUGUCUCACAUUCCCCCAGGAAGGAUGCAGUGGCCUCAGUGAUGUACAGCGUGGUCACCCCCAUGCUGAACCCCUUCAUCUAUAGCCUGAGGAACAGGGACAUCAAGAGGGCCAUGCAGAAACUCCUUAGAAGAACAGUGUAA